AACUGAUAAAUCAGUUUACCUUCCUCACGUAGAGCGGACGUAUUUGUAUAUUUGGUCUGUAAUUGUACAUUUCUCAGACUGGAACGCUCUCCGGACACAGGCCAGUUAUAGCUACAGAACAAAACCAUAUACAAAGCUAUAAAACAAAGCGCCAAUUGCACAAAUAUCUCUCAAUUCACCUCACCCUGUUGAACAAAAGGAUUAGUACUUUCUGGAACGUGGCCUAAAAGGCUUAGCAAUCAAACAAGGGGAGCUUUUAAUCAAUGUACAUCUGUUUAAAAACAAAGCCAGUUGAACAAGGUGAUCGAGUAUUGUGAAUGUGUGUUCGAAGAAGCGAUCAACGGAGAUUACUAAAAAAGGAAACGCUCAGAAAGCCAUUGAAUAAUCAGUGUUCAGGCAGCGAUGAUCAGUUGUUUAGAUUUAGUCACCCAGAACAGAGAGGACGUGGUGUAUCAUUGGAGCCAGACGACACACUUUCAGCUAUGACGGCAGUUGCUUCCAUUGGUGCUACUAUGCAUGACAGUAACGUGACAGCGAGUCUUCACAGAGCAAACCUACCGUCUUUGAGGCCUGCUGUUGAACUGAGGACUACACCAACAUCGAUAUUUAAAAAAUCUUUUCAAGCUCUAGCUAAGGCUGCCUCUCUCGACGGACAAGAUAAUGAGGAUGGUUUUGAUGAUAGUUGUAGUGAAGAUGCAGACAUUUAUUGCAAUAAUAAAUGCAGUAUUAGCACAACUGGGAUGUCUUCAGCAACUGCUGCACAUGUUGGCAACAAUGUAUUCAAUGGUGAGCACUUCCAAGGAUUUGGCCAUUUCAGAAGUCACAGCAACUUAGCAGCAACUUCAACUGUUAUUUGCAAUAAUGUCAUGAAAAGCAAUUACCAUGACGAUCACACAAACGUCAACAAUAACAACGACGACGGUGAUGAUGAUGAUGAUGAUGAUAAUAAUAAUAGUAAUAAUAAUGAUGAUGAUGAUGAUUGCAUUGAUGACGAUGAUGAUUUUAGUGAUCAUGAUUCACAUUAUUCGGCUGACCUCGAAGAAGUUUACUUUCCAGUUCUCAACUACCCUCGAAGACCUGAAUCCCCAAAUGCAAGUAAACAACUGAUAGACUUUGCUCAGUUGAUCAGUGCCGAUAUACAAAAGUUUUUCGGUCGUAAGCAUGGUGACGAGGACUCUUGUGAUAUUUAUGAAGAUAAGUGGAUAUCAAGUAAAUCAGGGCGGGAACUCUAUUACGCAGAUUUGUUGAGAAUUGCACACGGUGAGAAUCCUGACACGCGACGUAGCUCUUCAAAGCGAAAUGCUACCUCAGCAACGGCGACCACGUCGUCUGCAGCCUCCAACAGCCAAUCUUCGAUAGGCUUUGAUAACAAGGAAAAGUUUAGUGGUCGCCUGAAUAAAUCCGUUGGACUGGGACCAUUGAAUGAACUGUUUGAAUUUGGACUGCGUAACUUUUUCACUGAUUCAAAAUCAAAAACGUCAACAAGGAAAUUGAAACGUCUUCGUUUGGAUCUGAAAAAACAUGAUGAUAUUAUACCAAUGAACCAAAGGAAAUUACCUCGUUCUUUCUGGAAACAACCCUGUUCUGGGUCAGAGGCAGCAAAAUCAAAAUAUUCUACACGUUCCAGUUACAUGUUGAAUUCUUCCAAAACACCUGAUUUCAGUGACCUCCUGGAGAGCUGGACAACAGGCGUCGACCGCAGUGAUUUCAGCGGUGAACUUUCUUGUAGUGACGUCAGUACGACGUCAUCAGAUUGACGUCCAAUCAAAAGGAAGAACUUGCUCAAACAGCAGCAGAUUCAAGCAGGGCAACUUUGUAAAUGUGACAACAUGAGUAAACGACCAGAAAACAUCAAUAGCAAUAAUAAUAAUAAUAAUAAUAAUAAUAAUAAUAAUAAUAAUAAUAAUAAUAGUAAUAAUGAUGAUG